GUGACAUAACAAUGUUGACACUUCUUGUCCACGUCUGCGUUCAUCCCUAACCUGGCGUUCCUAAAAUGUUGAUCAGGACGGAUUCAACGUGGCAGAUCCUGUCUUUGGCUAUUUUGUCUUCCAUGUCGCCAUCUUUUGCCAAAACGAUCCAAGGAACGUUCACAACAGCCCUGGCGCAGGCAUCAUUCGGCCAAUAUCUGACAUCAUUUUGCUUCCAUGGAGAAACAGCAGAAAUUCGGUAUAUCCUGAAUACGACAGGUCAGACACCUCCUAAAAUCUACCUCUUCCUGCAUGAGGAUUGGCCGGAAGCUGCCGAGGCGAAGACAUGUGAGGACAAGCUUGAGAGAGCCCGGGUUGUCUUUGAGUUGGUCAAUGUAACUGGGAAGUACGUGGUCUCCCAUUUCAAGUACCCUCGCAUCUGGCAUGUCCUCUAUGCGGAUGGAUACACUUGUUCACCAGGCCGUCCUGUCACACCUGUGGAACAGCCAAACUACAUUCAAUAUGACCUCCAGUUGGUCAACCCAGACUCCCUGGGAAACCCCACAGAACAUUUUAGUGAUGAAGAAACUGGGUUGCUGAGGUUUUACCAGCUGCUGACGGUGGCCUAUUUCGUACUGAGCUGCAUCUUUGGACCUCAGAUCUGGCAGGCAAUGAGCAAACACGGGCCCAUGCAGUUAGUUCUCCAGCUGCUGACAGCAUCCAUGGGACUUCAGGCUGUGUUAGCAUUCUUCAUGAUGGUUCAUCUUCACAGGUAUGCCAGGGACGGCAUGGGUUACCCCUCCUACGAGUUGAUGGCUGAAUUCUUUGACGUCCUCUCACAGUUCGCCAUGCUCUACAUGUUACUGAGCCUCUCUCUGGGCUGGACUCUUGGAAGUUCACACAAAUCGUCUCAUCUUGAUAUCAUCAGGAAAAAACCAGCAGCCAAAGUGGUUGGGGUCUUAGCUGUUAUACAGGGUUUUCUGUUUCUAUGGGAACAGUAUCAGGACCGUGAGCACCGGCUGUAUCAUGCGCACCGCAGCCAUGCUGGUGCAGCCCUGGUUGUGUUGCGCAUUUUGCUGGCGUCUCUGUUUGCUUGGAAUCUCUACACAACAGUUGCCAAACAGAGGAGCGCACUCAAAAAAGACUUUUAUUCAUCAUUUACAAAAUCCUGUAUGCUGUGGUUUCUUUGUUAUCCUGUGUUUGUGAUAUUCUCCUGGAUUUUCUCUGAAUACCUACGUUAUAAGCUGGUGACCAUGGGUGUGGUCUUGUGUCAGUCGGCAGCUGUCAUAAUGCUCUAUAGGUUAUUUUUCUCACGCAGUUUAUAUUGGGAGGUCUCUGCACUAUCAAGUACUUUACCCCUGCGCUUAGACAAAAGUUUUAGUCUGAAGUCUUAUUCCUAACGGUGAAUCUGUAACGUAAUCUCCAGUGUAUUUGUCAUCAUUUGUCUUGUCAUCAUACAGUCGAAAUCUCAAAAUCUUCAGUGAUAUUAUAAUACCAUAAAACCAUUGAAAUGUUUUGAAUUAUUUCAUUUGAACUUUGUAUGAAGCUAUUGGUCUCAACUUCUUGUGUUGGCACAACUUCUUGUGUUGGGCUGAAAUCUUGUAAAGAGAGUAUUUUUUGUGUGGUGUGGCGAGUGACAGGAAAACAUGUGUUAAAAAUUCUCUGGUUUCAUAUCGGUAGUGUACCAGUAGACAGAUAAUAGCUUUUAUGCGUUCAGCCAGAGAAAAUGUUAGAUGACUGUUUGUAGAUGGCUGGUCUUGUUCUUAUUUAGACCGCUUCACUAACUCUAUAUGAGUAGUAGUGGAGUGUUAUAAGCCUGCUCUGAGUGCACAAGUAGUGUGCCAGAGGAUUGUCAGUAGUCAGCCAGGGGAUUGUCUGUGCUCAAGCCUUGGGAAUUGUAGAGGACUGCUUGUACACAGUUGGUUGGUCAUCUUACCCGCCGACCCCUGCGUCAGCGAGAAAAUAAAAUGACAGGGUAGACAGCUCCAUCGAUAUUAUGCACAACGGUUAACUAAUUUCACUACAAAUAAAUAUCAUUUGAUAGCAUUGCAAAAUGUAGAGUAAAAACUAUUUGAAAUCUUUUGUCUCGAUGUUAGAGUCACAUUUAUUUCAUUAAACUGACAAAAUUCAAUCUCUAUAUGCCCAAUAACGGAAUAACGUAAAUAUAUAUAUUUUCUUUUUUUUUUGGUUUUAUUGAAAGGAAACACAUGUAGCCAAAGUGGCACAGGUAUAUAUUAUCAUAAUUUAUGGAUGUAUUAUGUAUGAAUGGUGAGCUGUGUGCAAAUUAUUCCACCCAUGUGUUCAUAUUUAUUUACUCGUAUGCGUUGUGUUACCAAUAAAUUAUGACAAUAUUCAUCCAAAUCGUGAGCGGACUACACUACAGUCGUUUAGACAUCCUCUACAGUCAAUAGAUUUAUCCCGGGCUGUGCUCGCUUUCCUCCCAACAUAAUGCUGGCCGCCGUCGUUUACGUGAAACACUGUACAUGAGUACAGUGUAAAACACCAAUCGGUCAAAUAAAUAAAUAAAUAGAUAAAUAUGGUCUGUAUUACAAACAUUUCCAGGUUAAAAUUGUCCAAAAAAAAACCAACAACAACAACAACACAUUUUCUAUCAGAAAAUACUUCUAGGCUAGAAUUCUGGGCUAGCUCCGUGGAUGAAAGGUAUUGUUUGCGUUGUCAUUUUCCUUCCCGCAACCAGAGAUCUCGUUUGGGUUGAAACAAAUUGGGAGUCGUUCAUAUAUCUAUAGUGUGAGUACAGACGUGGUCAGCUGUGAAAGGCAAAAACGUAGAAAAUAAAUGUUGUCACAAGCGAAAGUUAGAUGGAAUAUCAUAUUUCAGUACCUGGUUAUACACAUGUAAUUUUCAGUUAUAGGUCAUUAGACAAGCUUGAAAAACAUUAGUGCAACUUUUCGACAUGUAUAAUUGGACAUUCAAAACAAAAUUGUUUUUAUAUGUAUAUGUUUCAAAUUAGUGACAUGUCGCUACUCACAAGAAUCAUAUGAUUGCAAUGUCUAUCGAUAUGAAACGCUUACAGCAGAUACAGAGAGUAAAACCAGAGCAGGUGUGGCAGUUGAUAAAUUGUCACACGUAUAACCGGUGAAAUACGGCUCCGUCUCACUUUAUGUAAGGGUUUUAUUCUGUUCAUGGGGAUUUUUAAUUACAUCAAAGCUGUUCCCUUUGAACCGAUUGAUAUUGCAUUUCUCCGUUGAAUUGAUACGCCAUUAAUUGGACCUGGAAGGACUGUUAUCUAUUUGUGUAUAUCCCCAAGCAAUAAGGGGACAAUAAUGGCGAUAUGUUAUUCUGUAAUAAACUAUCGACAUAUCAAAUAAGCACGGUUUUGUUCUC